AUGACUGCAAAGAUGGGGUGUCCUCUCCCAGACUUUACGAGAAUCAGGCCCAGGAAUUGUAAAACCUUCACAACAAAUAAAAAUCACCUGUACAGUGUCUGGGUUUGA